CAUGAGCAUUAAGAUUUAAGCAUAACACUGCGGCCCGUAUUGAGCAGCUGACGUUUGUAUAUGAGAAAGUUAAGAACGUUCGGUUCGAUUUCAAAUCGCGCAUUAGAUACCGCAAACGUUUUUUUUUUUUAUGAUUGCUCAGUGAUUCACAUGUUAGGCUUACAUCUCAUUUGUUUGCGAGGUACACGGUAUUAUUAGUUUUUAUUUGUACAAUAUUUUUAGCUGUUUUUCAUACCGUUCCGACUAGCUCGCGAGUUAAGAACACGUGUGCUCCGGCCUUUCUGUCAUGCGACAAGCACAGUGAAUCAAGUGCCAGUGAUGAAUUCGGUAAAAGCUACCUCAAAAAGAUUUGCCAACAGGAAGUUUUACGCUCUCCCCGACGAUUAUGUCAAAGCGUCUAAACCUUUGCAUAAAUCUGCUGAUCCUGCAAAGCUUUUAAAGUACGUAGAUGAAAAUGUCAUUGGAAAGAAUUCUACGUUCUCUGGACCUUUUGGAAGGAGAAAAGUUGUGUAUUGCGAUUACGCUGCAUCCGGCAAAUCGCUCCAUUUCAUCGAGGACUACAUACUAAAAGAAGUAUUGCCCGUCUACGGUAAUACGCAUACCACCACCAACGUCACUUCGCUCCAGUCCACCCUUUACAGACACGAAUCCCGGGACAUAGUGCGAAAUGCUGUACACGCUUCCGAAGACGAUGCUGUCAUAUUCGUGGGUAGCGGCUGCACGGGAGCCGUUCACAAGCUGAUCCACGCUUUGGAUUUCGCAUCCGAAGAAGUAGCACCCGUUGUUCUGGUCGGUCCGUAUGAACACCAUUCGAACCUGCUUCCUUGGAGGGAAAUCGGCGCUACGAUCGUCCGAGUGGCCGAAACCAAAGAAGGAUUUAUCGAUCUCGUCGAUCUCGAAAACAAGCUCCGGCUGUACCAGUCAAUCAGCCCGGCAGCCCAACUGAUCGGUUGCUUCUCGGCCGCUUCCAACAUUACCGGUAUCCUAGCCGACGACAUCGCUACCACGUUGAUCUUGCACCAGUACGGCGCUUUGGCAUUUUGGGAUUAUGCGACCGCAGCCCCUUGCGUGGUCUUGGACAUGAACCCUCUGUUUCCGGCCAACGACCAAGCUGUGUACAAGGACGCCAUAUUUUUUUCCGGUCACAAAUUCGUCGGCGGCAUACAGACUCCAGGCGUUUUGAUAGCCAAGAAAAAACUGUUUAAAAAUAAAGUGCCGAAUGGGGGCGGCGGAGGAUCCGUGUUUUUCGUUUCCAGGAAAGACCACAGGUACUUAAAGGACACGGAAAUGAGAGAAGAAGGAGGCACAGGAGCAAUUGUAGAGUCCGUCCGGAUGGGAUUGGCAAUACAACUGAAACAGAAUAUCGGCGUGCCCUACAUUAUGGCCAGAGAAGAAAAGAUUACAAAAACGGUGUUGUCGUUUCUCAAUACCAUGCCAGAAAUAAAUGUGCUGGGAAAUUGCUCUCAGACUGUCAAAAGGUUACCGAUAUUUUCCAUAUUAGUCCGACAUCCACGUGGGGCAUAUCUUCAUCAUAAUUUUGUUUGUGCAAUUCUCAAUGAUGUCUUUGGAGUACAAGCACGUGGAGGCUGUGCAUGUGCAGGGCCUUAUGCCCAAGACUUGUUGGGAAUAGAUGAAUCUCUGGCCAACGAAUAUGAAAACAUGUUACUAGAGGACAAUAGACUUGACCGCCACCAUUUACGGAGACACGAGGAACACUCUUCAUUUGAAAUGCUUCGACCCGGAUUCGCUCGUGUAUCGUUUCCGUUCUUCAUGUCUGAUAACGAAGUAUCCUUUGUGCUCGAAGCCAUAAAAAUGGUGGCCACGGAAGGAUGGAAACUAUUGCCUCAAUACACGUUAAAUCCCGAAACCGGAGAAUGGAAACACCAUACAAACAAUGUGUUCAGAGAUAGAAAAUGGUUAGGCUCCAUUCGAUACACUGACGGUAAAAUGGUCGUACCAGAACGUAAAAAUUCUAUGCAAAACACGUGCCCAGCGGACUACUCUGAAUGUCUGAAGACUGCUAGAAAUACAUUCAACAAAGCAAGAAAGAUGGCAAAGAGGUUUCCACUGCCCGAUCAAAGGAGUAUGUUUACAGAAGACGCUGAGAAGCUGCGUUGGUUUAUGCUACCGAGUGAAGCUCAAGAUUUACUAUUAGGACAGUCUUCCAGACAUGUCAGACAAAGCGUACCUUUUACUCCAGCAAUUUACUGCGGGUCUCCGAGGACUUCAGAAUCUUCUCCCGCUUCCACUCCCAAUGCUUCUCUGGCCAGAUACAACAGUCUGUCUGCACUUGACAAUAGUUUAUCUGCCCGCGUAAGGUCUUCAAGUGGUAGUUCGGACAUGUUGGUGACCAAUAAACACUUGAGUCCUGUAGAAUUAGUUUCUCAGAGAGAACGGUGCUACAGUUUGGGAUCUAAUCCACCUUCAAAUUUCAAAAGGCUUCGUGAAAGACAGUGUUCGUGUAGUAGCCAAACUGAAUUAAGUGAUUCGGACUCGCGGGUUUCCAAUGGAGACCAAAGCACACCCGGCAGUGACAUUCAGGCCUAUGUACAGGAGAUGACCAAAGAAUUUGUGACUGAAAUCAAAUCCGAACUGCGCGGAGUCAUUGCCACUGUUGAUAAUGCGCUGUCGGAGAGUUCAGAAAGUCUUAAUGUUGUAGAAAAACGUUCUAGCUUACCGAAAGUCUUUAAAAAUGUGAUGCCUCGAAAUAACUCUGUACCGGUCAUAACCACGACACCGUGUCAAAACGGUAUCGAAGAACAAGUAAUUUUCCGUUUGUCUGAGUUUGCAUCAGAGAUGAAAACUGAAAUACACGAUAUGGUUAGCUCGGUGUUAGCUUCAUCCUCUUCAUUGUCCGACGAGAAUACUGAUACUAUAAUGGGAAAAGAAUCGGACUCGGAGAGCGAUAAAGAGAACAAUCUGAAGCAUCCGAAUCUGAGUUCGACCGAUAGUGGUAUCAAUGUUAAGACUGAAUCGCAAAACCGUAAUGUGAAAAAAUAUAAAACAGAAUGCAUAGUAAAAAUGAACUGUCAGAAGAGUGUUGAUUUUUCUGUAGCUAGGUGGCAUUGUCCCCCUAAACCCAUAUGGAAACCAACAAUUGAAGCUAUUCGAGAAUUCCAAAUGAUCCAAGAUGGAGAUAGUAUUAUGGUAUGUCUGUCUGGUGGAAAAGAUUCAUUGUCUUUACUUCAUACACUUCAUCAAUACCAAUAUUAUGCUUCUUCAAAAGGAAUACAUUUUACAUUGGGUGCUGCGACCGUUGAUCCCGGUAGCACAUCUUACAACCCCAAACCACUCGUCCCGUACUUAGAUGCACUAGGAGUUCAUUUUUUAUAUGAAGAACAACAAAUUCUAGAACAAGCAUCUUCUGCCGAAUGCACUUCCAUAUGUAGUUUUUGUAGUCGUAUGAAACGAGGUCGGCUUUAUGCUGCGGCUAGAGCAAAUGGAUAUAAUGUAUUAGCUCUUGGCCAACACUUGGAUGACAUUGCCGAAAGUUUUUUAAUGUCAACGUUUCACAAUGGACGUUUGAGAUCAAUGAAAGCACAUUACGCUAUUAAAGAACGAGACCUGCGAGUAAUUAGGCCAUUUGUUUAUGUCAGAGAAAAGUUACUACGGGAAUUUGCUGAAUCCAGAAAGCUUCCUGUAAUAGCAGAAAAUUGUCCUGCGUGUUUCGAAGCUCCUAAGGAGCGUCAUCGUACAAAACAACUUCUUGCUCAACAAGAAAUAUUGUUCCCGAAAUUGUUCGCCUCACUACGAUCAGCUCUGAGACCAUUAAUUAGUUUCCGUCAAACAGGUGAAGAGACCAAAGCGUAUCACCUAAUGACAUGUCGUCCAGACAAUCAAAGCGAACAAGAUUCUGAAGAAGAACCAGCCCCAUUCUAGCUGCCAAACAAAAUAACAUAAACAAAUUUAUUAUUAUUAUUAUUAUUAUAACAAAACCAAAACAAUUUGAUUAUGCUUGUUAUGAUUUGUAUGAUUAUUUAUUUUACAAACAUGUGAAAUUUUUCCUAUAACUUGUAUUUUGAAUAUAAUAUUAAUAUUUCCUCUUUUUAA